ACGGUGUGUGCACGUCCGUUGUGUUGCUCCUGUCUUAAGUGCAUAUUUUUUCUGCCGCAAGCCGCCUUCGGGCUUUUUAGUUGCAGGUUCUUGCAAGUCUUUUGUUGCUCGUCACGUGCUGUUAUUAGCACGCAUCGGGCUAUCGCCGAUUCCUGGUAUUUGCAUGACGAAUGUUCUCAUUAUUGCGCUAUUAUUUCUGAGAAUCAUUCCCUGGAGGAUGCUGUCCUUUUCUGCGCAUGCGCCUGCCGCUUGAUCUGUACUUUCCUACACCUGCUGUUCUGGCGUGCCGUCGAGUUGGAGUCGAUAUCGACGUUCGACGAUCGAUAUUGGGACUUCGAGCUGUCUCAUACACAGUGUGCUCGGGUCCAUGUCAGUCAACUGCUUAGUCACGUCGCGUAACUUGGGCUGUCUACAUAGUCGCGUCGUGUAACUUGGGCCACUCGUGUGUCGAACAUGGAAUCGCGUACAUGUGUCAAGUGCAAAAAGUCGAUCGCCAACCAGGUGCUCGAGUGCUUGGUGUGCAAGCGGGUGUUUCAUCCCGGCUGCAUCAAGGCCCACGCUGCAACCAAGUAUGCGGAUACUUGCUGCAGAGCACUGUCGGCUUCGCUCGGCGCCCCUCCUUCACCGGCCAUUGAUGUGCACGCUUUCGAUUUUUCGGGUGGAUCAUCAUGUGCUCCGAUGCAGACUCAGGUACAGGCUCGGGUGCAAUCUCAUGAUCACGCCUCGAUUGAUGUCAUGUUCCGGAAACUGUGUGAACAAUUACGGGAUUCGGAUGCUAAACUCUCUGCCUUCGUCGAGGAGCAGCGUCGUACAAACAAGGAGAUCAACGAUAAAUUGAAUAGGCUCGGUCUCAUUGCGGACACCGUCGCUCUUAACACGCAGCGCAUUGACAAGCUUGAGCAAGAGAGUUCUGCUCUGGCGCGCGACGUGCAGGCUUUAAAGGCCGCUCAGCUUGUCCCGUGUGCCCGCGAGGAUACUGAGAGGGAUCUGUCUGCAGCAUUGCGUGUCCCUCGAACGUCGGAUUUAAUAAUCUCUGGCAUCCCAUCUUCUGUUACCGAGUCAUCUUGUGAGCUCGUUGAGUGUGUUUUUCGUGCGCUGGGAAUCCCUCAGCUUGUCUCCGACGUUCUCGAGACACGUGAUGUUGCGACGCGUGUUGCGUCGUCGGAUCAUGAUGCUGCGUCCGCGUCCGCGUCCGCCCCUGCCGUCGAUCGUGCGGACGUUCGGGAUCGGCGCAAACCGAUCAUUGUCGCGCUCAAGUCGCGUGAGAUUCGUGACCACAUUAUCAAGGUCAUGCGCGUUAGGCGCCGACUCCCUGUUAGCGACGUUUUCUCAACUAGCAGACCUGGCAACAUUUAUAUAAAUGAAUUGCUCCCGAGUCACACUUACAAGUUAUUGCGCCAAGCGCAAGUCGGGGCGAAGCAGCUGUCGUUCGGGCACGUGUGGAGCAGCGACGGGCGUGUUUUCGUCCGCAAGGACCGUGGCCAGCCACCGAUUCCUAUCGCCUCCGAGGCUGAUCUUGAUAGGCUCCAGUGACUCUCGACGGGAGCUGUGGUUC